AGGAAGUAGUAAAGCGUUUAAGCGACUCGAAGAGAGUUUGUUUUUCCAGUAGGGUGUGUCUCUGUCUCCUUAGAUACGCACACGGCUGUACGGUAACCCUGCCUGUUUUACUACCCUCAACAGUGCUGUUUAAUAAUCAACAAAUCCACCUUAGAUUACACUUUUAGAUAUUAGCAACUAGCUAACGGAUGAAUUGAUGACACUCCUGACGACGUUAUAUCGAGUCGCGUGCAGUCUUCACAAACCCUCCGCUGUUUCGGUCGUGUUUUUGACUCAGUCAGGACAUUCCUGUUGGUUAUAGUGGCCGGAAUGUAUCACGCCGUGAGGAAGGUGUUUUUCACCGAGGCUCGGUGUCUGAACGACGGCACGAGCAAGAGCUUCGAGGCGCUUUUCGAGAAGUUGGAUGUGAAUAAGGAUGGGAAGGUGGACAUUGCGGAGCUGCGGGCAGGCCUGGCCUCCAUGGGCUUCUCUCUGGGGUCGGACGCGGCUCAGAAAAUCGUUUCUUCUGGAGACUCAGAUAAAGACGAGCAGCUUGACUUUUUAGAGUUUUCCAACUACCUGAAGGAACAUGAGAAAAAGCUGAAUCUGACUUUCAAGAGUCUAGACAAAAACAAUGACGGACGCAUUGAUUGCUCAGAGAUUCAACAGGCAUUUAAAGAGCUGGGUAUGAACAUAUCGAAGGAAAAAGCAGAAAAAGUUCUUCAAAGCAUUGACGUGGAUGGCACUAUGACAGUUGAGUGGAAUGAAUGGAGGGAGCACUUCCUCUUCAACCCAGCCACCGACCUGGAGGAGAUCAUACGCUUCUGGAAACACUCUACUGUGUUGGAUAUAGGCGACAGUCUCACCAUCCCAGAUGAGUUCACAGAAGAGGAGAAGACGAGUGGUCUGUGGUGGAAGCAGCUGUCUGCAGGCGCGAUGGCAGGGGCAGUGUCGCGCACAGGAACAGCUCCUCUGGACCGAAUGAAAGUGUUUAUGCAGGUUCAUGCCUCAAAAUCCAACCAAAUCAGUCUGAUCAGUGGGUUCAAGCAGAUGAUUAAAGAGGGUGGUAUCGCAUCUUUGUGGCGGGGCAAUGGUGUCAACGUACUGAAAAUUGCUCCAGAAACAGCCAUCAAGUUCAUGGCAUAUGAGCAGUAUAAGAAGCUGCUGACGUCAGAGGGAGGGAAGGUUCAGACCCACGAGAGGUUCAUGGCAGGUUCUCUGGCUGGAGCCACAGCACAGACCGCCAUCUACCCUAUGGAGGUGAUGAAGACGAGACUGACGCUGAGGAAAACCGGACAAUAUUCAGGAAUGUUUGACUGUGCCAAGAAGAUUCUGAGGAAAGAAGGAUUGAAGGCUUUUUAUAAAGGCUACAUUCCCAAUAUCCUGGGCAUCAUUCCCUAUGCAGGAAUAGACCUGGCUGUCUAUGAGACCCUAAAGAAUACCUGGUUGUCACGCUAUGCUACAGAGUCUGCUAACCCUGGAAUACUGGUUCUGCUGGGGUGUGGUACCAUCUCCAGCACAUGCGGUCAGCUGGCCAGUUACCCUCUCGCCCUGAUCCGGACACGCAUGCAGGCCCAGGCGUCUAUGGAGGGCUUGGAGCAGGUGUCCAUGACCAAACUGACAAAAAAGAUCUUGGAGAAGGAAGGCUUCUUUGGCCUGUACCGUGGCAUUUUACCCAACUUCAUGAAAGUGAUUCCUGCUGUCAGCAUCAGCUACGUGGUGUACGAGUACAUGAAGACUGGUUUAGGCAUUAAGUGAGGAGUAUGUGUGCGUAUAGGUGGGAGUGGGGGUUAGGAGUUGGGUGGGGUGGGGUGGGCUGUGUCACGAGCUAAGAGAUUUAACAACAUGUAUGUGUGUUUGGGUAAUACUUUUGGGAAGUUGCAUGAACCAAAGAGGAUUUCCAAAGGCACCAACAGCAGGAAGGAGUCAUAGUGUAAGCCUUUAUUUGUACUGAUUGUAACCGAGUUCAUUUCCUGAAUACCAACGCUCCAGUUUUCCAAUAACUCAUAGUGAUAAGCUCUAACCCAGAGUCUUUAUUGGGGCUGGGCAAUAUGAACGCACACGCACAUCUCGUGAAAAUAAAAGAUUUUAUACAUAAACAUGGUUUACAUUUGGGUUGGAUUCCAACUUGAGGGAUUGAUUGCAUUUCGGGCCAAAAUGGCCAAAACCAGCUUUUUACAUUUAAAGAGAAAUGACUUUGUAAUGUAGUUUUAUGUGUUUAUGAAUGCCAUAAUUGAACAUUAUUCGAAGCCAAAUUGUCCACAUCUGCCACUGUUAAACAGCCCGAGUCCAUUCCUUGGCUCGCUGGGGUGCAGGACUUUUGUGGAAUAGACGUUGUGCAGGUUUUUUACAUCCUUAAAAAAAAAAAAAAAAUCCACUUUUUUUUUUUCUCAGGUUUACAGUUUAAAAAAAAAAAAGUUUAAUGCAUAAAGUUCUAGCUCUAAUAGCAAAAGUUUACACAAACAAAGACCUCUGGAAGUCUGCUUGGCAAUCCUCCAGUGUUUAGUGUUUGUAUUACCUAGAGAUACAAAAAGAGAAAUCCGUCCAUGUUUUUUUUUUUUUUUUUUUUUGGGGGGGCGUGAUGCAGUAAUUGAUUAUCAUUUUGCACACUAUUGUUAAACACAAAGAUUUAAUGUGCCUUACUGAUAAACUGAUCCAAAUUCAUUUGCAGGCCAUUUAGUCAUUAUCAGAAAACCCUGUUUACGCUGCAGUGAGUAUGGAAAAUAUUUCAUUAAAGGUGGUGCUUGUCAUUUUCA